AAAAGAAAAUCAUUGUUACUGUCAAAGAUUGUCAUUUUACGUCAAACAUGUGCACACAAAGAAUCUGUUGAUGUUUAGCAUGGAUUGUGCGGUCUUUAUCUUACCAUACGGCAAAGUGAAUAACGAUCUCUUUGUCACACAAAAUAUUUACCCAUUAUAUUCAUUUCCUACAUUUACCAUUUCCUCAAAAGGGAAUCUUUAUCAAAAAACUAUAUUACAAACAUUUUAAGAAAAACAAUGAUGAUAACAUCAAUACCACGGCUGCAAGAGUAAUUUAUUCUACAGAUACAGUGAAUACUCAUUGAGUUAUAGUGUUUGGUGUACGAUGGUGGAGCCGGAGAAGCCGUUCGCCUGCACGAUCCCGGACUGUGGCAUGACGUUCACGAAUGAGGACCACCUGCACGUCCACACCAAGAAGCACGACAUGGUGCUGCAGCUCGGCUUGGAGCAAAAAGCUGUGUUUGUCGCGGACCAAACCCCAACACCAACCAGGUUUAUUAGGAACUGUGAGGAAGUGGGGCUGUUCCAAGACCUGCAGAAUGUCAACCCGUUUGAGGAGGGCUUCAAGAGGGCCAUGGAGGCAAAACACAAUCUACUGUCUUUGGAGAAUACGAUAACCACAACAUCAACAACUGAUGAGUUGCACACACCCCAGAUGUUUCCGCUGCUUGAUGCCGGAGAUACCACCCUGUACAGCACCACUAACAACCAGCGGAAUAUCACAAUUAGUAGAUCAUCCAGUGAUGAAUCAGGGGUGAUAAAAGAGUUUGAGACAACAACAAUAUCCAAACUGACAAAUGAAGUAACAACUAUCAGCAGGGUGGUGGAGAAACACGACGACCCCAAAGACGAAAUACUCAAAGAUGGAGUCAGGAAAGACUGCAUAUCAUACAACAGUGCCACUAAAGUCCAGACAGAAACCAAGACAGAACACAUGCAGAAGAACUCCAUACAAACAUUAAUAUAUGAGGAUACAAUAGUCAAAAACAAUAUUUCUAAAGAUGUUUUACUGACAGAUACAAGUAAAUUACAGUUGCCAGAUAUACCACCGAUUAUGAGUCAAAAAUCAAUAGAAUAUGUAGUGGAUAGCCUGACGAACGAUUUGUGCAAUGAAUCUAAGAAAGCAGAUGAGGAUAAGAAUGAUAAUUAUGAAGUUAUAAUUAAAUUGCCCAAUGGAAGACAGGUCAGAAUGCGCUCAGUUGAAGAGAAUGAAAGGAGGAAUAACGCAAAGGAGAAAUUAAAAGAAGUUUUAAAAGAGAAAGACAAGCCUGUGAUGCAGAAAGUGUGUUUAGUGAACAAUAAUGUUAGCUCAGUGCCUGUGGUCUCAAAUAUAGUUCCGAUAACCACUGGGACAUUGAUCCCUGUUACAUUAGUGAGUCCCCCCACUCCAGUAGUGCCUAAAAUACCCAUAGCCCCAUUGAAAACUACGAAAGUGACAAAAAGGCCAGUGAAGAGAAGACAUUUAGUGAGUGAGAAAGGGAAGGAGAGUAUUGGGUCUGCAGAUAGGUGUAGUGAUAAUGGUGUUGAUGAUAAUUUUAACAAGAAUAAGAAGUUUAGUGACAUGGAGAGUAAAUGUGCUGCUUCGAGGAGAUAUAGGGCGCGAUUAAAAGACGCUUGGAUUCAGCAGGCGCAAGAGAACCAGCAGUUAAAGGAAGAAAACGAAAAACUGUUAGCUGAGAAGGCCAUGCUCAAGUUACUCAUCAUAGAACAUAUGAGGAAAUGUCCAGAUGCUGAUGAUUUUAGUAAGAUCAUUUUGUACUAAGGGCAUUUGUAAUGGUGGUAAGUACCACCGCACUCUCUUGUUCUGUCCCCAAGAAAUAUUGUAGGAGCACUGUUCCAGUUAAUGAAGAACAUGGCAGUAUUAACUGGUCUUUACAAGACUUAACACCCAUUGUGUCACGAGCGCAGCGAACACGGCAAAGUGAGAGAUGAUUAUUGUUUACCUAUCGACAGUCGACACAAUUAUGGCGGCCUGUUGAAAUUGGAUAUACACAGGCUGAUCCCGGAACGCGACACAC